GAUCGAUCCAUCCAUCGAUUGAUUUGAUUUAUAGCCUAAACUGAUUCGAUUUCAAUCGCUGACCUCUUCAUCUUCAUCAUCAUCGAAAUCUAUCAGCAAAAUUUAUACACACAUUCACCGCAUUCAUUACAUUUGUAUCUACCUCGCUUUUCUUUUUUCCCUUUCGGAUGUCAUUUGUACUCUAAUUUUUUUUCCUCUCUUCUCUUUUUCAUUCACUUGGCAUUGACCACAUUUGUCUCCUUGUAUGUGGGUGUGUUGGAACACAUUUUCAAAAAAUUUUUUUCCCCUAAAAUUUUCUCUUUUUUUUGGAUGUACUUUUAAGUUUUAAAGUCAAAAUUCUUCGUUUGUGUGCAUGUAAACACACGGAAAAUUAAAAAAAAUGUGGAUCAAAUUUCGAUUAAAAUUGACAAUUCUUUGGCAAUCAUUCUUUUCAUUUCAUUUUACAUUAGUCAAAUUGUUAUUAUCAUCAUUUUAUUUAUCAUUAUCAAAUUAUUUAGUGAUUUUAUUGAUUUUUUUGUUGUCCACUUUGAUGAUGUUCAAUGAAUUGGAUGCAAAUCUGAUAACAACAACAACAAUAACAGCAAUAACAACAAAAAUUGUACGAAUUGAAGAGAAAAAUAUAACUGCAUAUAAUAAUCGAAAUUUAACAAUAUUUUGUCAUGCAAAUAUUGAACAUUUAAAUGAUAAUUUAUCGUCAAAUUUUACGACAAAUGCUCGUGUUGUGUUAACAUUUAUGAAUAAACCAAGAGGUUUAAAGCCAUUACAUCAGAUGCAAAGUUUUCUACAUUGUCAUGAUCCUUAUCGUAAACAUUGUUAUGGUCAAUUUGAUUUAGAUUUAUCCUGUCUCGAAGAUCAAAUGGAUAACAAUUUGAUUAAACAACAACAAAAUUAUGAAGUUGAAGCCGCUUGUCAAGUUGAUGAUGUAAAUAUUUGUUCGGCUAGAUGGAUGCAUUCACGGCCAUUUGAUUGUUUUGAUAUGGCCAAUGUUUUCGUAAUUAAUGCACCAAAAUUAAGUGAAAAAUGUCUUUAUAUUUCGGAAAAUCGUACCGCUGAAUGUGGUAUAAAUCAAUAUUGUAAUACUGAUUAUGGUAUUUGUUUAUGUCGAAAAUCAUAUAUUGCAUCAAAUAAACAAUGUAUUCCACUUGAACAAGGUGAUGAAUUAUUAACAUUAAUUGUAAAUGAUUCGAAUAUAACUUCAACAUUUGUUAAUGAUUUGGCAUUAUCACCGGAAGAUUUUGAUGAUGAUGAUGAUGAUAAUGGUCGAUUAAAAUUAUCCAAAUCAACAUUACGUGCAAUGGUCAUAUUUUUAUUGAUUAUUGCAAUAAUUUUAUGCAUUGCAUUGGCCAUCGUUAUCAUAUGGAGCCGACAUUAUCGCCGUUUAUUGAAAAAUGGUGGCCGUUCAUCUUCCUCAUGAUGAUUAGUCAGAAAAAUAACCUUUGUUAACCGAAAUGUGGGUUCCAACGCAAACAUAUGUCUAAUUUGUUUUUCUCUCAAAUCCUUUCGGAC